ACGCCGGUCUCUGCAGACGUUUGACUGGCAACUGUGUCCUAGCCAAUUGUUGUUUUAAACUUUUUAAAUGAUUUUAAUAUAUUAAAAGUAUCAAGUAUUAUGUCAUUAAAGAGUUUGUUUUUGUUAUUUCAAAAACAAUACAGGUUUUGCAGUACCAAAUGUAAAGUUGGUUUUCCGGACGGAAUUACUCCUGCACUCAGGCCAAAGAAACCUAAAUCGAGCAGUGAUAAUAAACAAAAUUAUUUUUCGGAUAUUAAGUCUGUUAGAGCUGUUGGAGGAAAAGGUGGAAAUGGGUGUAUAUCAUUUUUGCAAUUAUGGUGCAAUGAGCGUGCUGGGCCAGAUGGUGGUGAUGGUGGAAAUGGUGGUCAUGUUAUUUUCAAGUCAUCUAAAGAUGUAAGAAAUUUAAAUCAUUUAUAUAGCACAAUUCGAGGAGACGAUGGACAAUGUGGAAGUCCUAAAGAAUGUCAUGGAAAAAAUGCAAAACACACUAUAGUUAAAGUUCCUAUUGGCACUAUUGUGCGGAAUAAAAAUGGAGUUAUAAUUGGAGACUUAGACCGAGAAAACAUGAUGUUUGUAGCUUCAAGAGGUGGAGCUGGAGGAAAAGGAAAUCGAUUUUUUACCACAGAUAAAGAAAACAGCCCAAAAGUUUGUGAGCAUGGUCCACCAGGUGAAGACCUAAUGUAUAUAUUGGAAAUGCGCAGCAUGGCAGAUAUUGGAAUAGUUGGAUUUCCCAAUGCUGGUAAAAGUACCCUUAUAAAUGCAAUAACUCGAACCCGCUCCAAAGUUGCGCCUUAUGCAUUUACAACUAUACACCCACAAAUAGGGAUUGUUCAGUAUGCAGAUCACUUUCAAUUGGCCGUUGCGGAUUUACCUGGUAUCAUUCCCGGAUCUCACCGCAAUAAGGGUCUAGGGUUGCAGUUCCUUAAACACGUAGAGAGAUGUUCGUCUUUGAUAUAUCUAUUGGAUGCAAGUGCAGAAAGCCCUUGGAUGCAUUAUGAAAACUUAAAUUUCGAAAUGUCCAGUUUUAAUAAAAAAUUGACAACAUAUCCAAAAAUAAUUGUUGCAAACAAAAUUGAUAGACCCGAAGCCAUUAAAAAUAUAUCAGAAUUAAAAAGAAGAAUAGAUGAACCUGUUAUCGGCAUUAGCGCCAAAGACGGUACAAAUUUAGAAAGUCUUCUUUAUUUAAUGCGACUUACAUAUGAAAAUUACAAUUCACAUCACUAAAAAUGCAUUCGGAAUAAAAAUAACUGAUUGCCAAGUAUUUCAAAAAUUAUGAAAUUUUAUAGUUAGCGCUAGGUUUCUAGAUAUCGGUCCACAGAAAUCUUACUCUCGUUUAAAUAUAACUGGACAUUUCAGAAUAACAAGUCUGUCAUUCGACGAAGUUAAAAAUUGGUAUAUCCUUAAGUUCUAUUUGUCCAAAUAAAAUUCAACAUUGUCUUCUGUAAAAGA